AUGGUUCAGGAGAUGGAAGAUAUUCAUGGGAUGGCGACUCUAUGCUGCCGAGCUCCCGUCGGCGACCUGUCUCACGAAGGUUUGACUGGGCGAGGGGCACUUCCAUCUGACUCUUAUCACCUAUGCCUCGAAACACCACGGCAGUUGGAGUCAACACUGAAUGGAGAUGGAGACCGGAUUCGGAAGCUUGCGAAGGCUGUACGCACAAUCCUUGAAUGUGUUGGGGAAGAUCCUGAACGAGAAGGCCUACGUACGACACCAGAGAGAUAUGCCAAAGCCAUGUUAUAUUUCACCAAAGGCUAUGCGGAGGAUGUUCAAAGCCUGGUCAAUGGAGCCAUCUUCCACGAGAACUACGACGGACUCGUUAUUGUGAGAGAUAUUGAUGUCUUCUCUCUUUGCGAACAUCACGUGGUUCCCUUUACUGGAAAGAUGCACAUAGGGUACAUCCCAGACGGCCGUAUAUUGGGCCUCUCCAAAGUGGCCCGUUUGGCUGAGAUAUUCUCUCGCAGACUCCAGAUUCAAGAACGCCUGACGAAACAGGUUGCCAUGACCAUUUUUGACGUGCUUAACCCCAAGGGUGUUGGGGUAAUCAUGGAAUCCUCCCAUCUUUGUAUGGCCAUGCGUGGCGUAGAGAAGGUUGGAACUGCUACAACUACCAGCUACAUGGUUGGGUGCAUGCGGUCGAGCGCCGAAACCAGAGACGAAUUCUUAUCGCUCCUGCGUCGAGGAUAG